UACGUGUUCAAUAUGCAUUUAUCAUUUAUCAUUUUUGGUUAUCAGUUUAUCACAUUGUAUCAUAUAAAAUAACGUAACCAUUAAGAUAUCUUAAUUUGUGAUCACCCAUUUUAUAUAUUAUGUGAAGAUAUAUUAUUUAAUUUUCCAAUAUUUACUAGUCAAUUUUCUACCAUAGUAAUGUAAGUUUACUGUGUUCGUAUUUAAAUUUGAUUUAUUAUUACUAUCUGUCAUUAAGUAAUCAACUCUACUAUGACUGGUUUUUAUUAUUUUGUAAUCGUUGGACACGGUGAUAAUCCUAUAUUUGAAAUGGAGUUCAUGUCCAGCAAGGAAGUAAAAGUACAUACUUAUUUAAUACAUUAUGUAAAUACAUUUAUGUAGACACUAUUUUGUGUGUAUCUACAUACACAAUUAUUUUUUUAAAUAUCAUAUUAAUGUACUAUUAUGUACAUCAAUAAAACAUGUAUACAUACAAUAGUUUUUUUUUUAUGUAGGUAGGUAUCUAUUAAGUAUAUUUCUGAAGGUUUACAAUAAUACAAUAUUAAUAUUUAUUUUAUACAUUUCUAAAAAAUCCUAAUACUUAAUUACUCGCGUUUUAAAUAUUUGUAGUAGGUAUUCAUUAUUAACUAAUUUUAUAAUGCAGACUAAAACAAGUAAUUUAAUACUUAUUUUUAUUAAAAAAUUGUAUUUUAUUCUUACAAUUUAUUGACAGAUUCAUUGAUAAAGUUGAAUUAGUUAUUUACGAAAACCAUAUACCUGUGUCAUUCAUUACAAAAUUAUACCUAAAACUUUUAAUAAUGCUUAUUUAUUUAUAAUUUAGUUUGAACAAAUUUAAACAUUUUAUAAUUUAUACAAAAUUAAUUCAUUUCGUCGUGAAUAGUAGUGGUAAAUGUUACUGUUAAGUUCUUUGAGUGAAUAAAUUUUAGUCUGUUGACAAGUCAUAUCUAUAAGUGAACAUUUUAGUAAAUUUUAUUUUAGUGAAAAUCUGUUCACAGACAAAUAAAUAUUAUUUAAAUGGACAUUUUUAAAUCCAUUAAAGGUGGUGAGAAAAUAGGCUUUGAAGGAUAUAUUUAUAUAGCCAAGUUCAUGGGAAAUGUUCAACAAAAAUACUGCAAAUUGUAAUUGUACUUUAAUGUACAGUGUCACUGAUGAUAAAUAAUGAUAAUUGUAAAUUACUUAUUUAAAGAUUUAAAAUAUUUGUUCUUUUUUCUGGAAUUCAUACUAGGUGGGUACUCGACCAGAUUAUUUAUUUUUGUAAAGAAAUUAUCUUGACAAAUUAUUAUUUUAAAUUAGAUUAGCUACAUAAUAUGUAGAUUUUCUGUAAUCUAUAUAUAUCCAGUAACACAAUUUCAGUUAUAGUUUUUAUUCUUAUAGUAAUAAAUUUAAAAUUCAAAAAAAUAAUGUAUUUUUAACUAUAAUAUUAUUUACUUAUAAUUUUUAAAUUAUAAUACUUAGGUUAUGAUUUUCAUCCUAAAUAAUAUGUAUAAGAUAUAAAUAAAAUAAAUUGACAUACCUAUGAACACACAACUCAAAAUUCUAGGUCUAAAAACUUGAAAUUAUGCACAGUAGUUCAAGGAUUAUUCGAAAUUCAACACUCUAAGGCAGUGUUUGUCAGCAUUUUAAUAAUUGUGAGCCUCUAAUUUUUUUUUUUUUAAGGCCCCUCCUAAAAUUAUGUAAUAGAACUUGAAUACUACUAUAAACAGUUUAUAUGGCACUUAUGGUUUUGUCAAACCUCAACUAUCAUUCGAGACUCUGAUUGAAAACCCGAUUUAAAAAGAGCCGUUGAAGUUUAUAUAAAUACAAAUUGAAGAUGUGUUACCUAAUUAACCCAGAGCAAAAACUAAAUUAUUGGUUACCUUAGUAACAUGGAUAAAAAAGUAUGUUAAAUUCAAUAUUAUGUAUCCAGUAUCCUGUAUUUCAUUCAUAUUCUCAUUACAAAACUGUACAUAGGCAAAGUCUGGUAAUACAGCUAAAAAUACAUGUUUUCAAUAUUUAAUAAAUUGUGAUUAUUUUUAUUAUAAGAUGUGUUAAUUUUAAUUUAUUAUUAUUAUUUUGUAAACUAAUGCUGUUUUAAAUAUUUUUUUAGAAAGAAGAUCAUAGCCAUUUAAAUCAGUUUAUAGCUCAUGCUGCCUUAGAUCUAAUUGAUGAAUUAAUGUGGAAAUCUACUUCUAUGUAUUUGAAGAGUGUUGAUCGCUUUAAUCAUUGGACAGUAUCAGCUUUUGUUACAGCUAGCCGCAUGCGAUUUAUUAUGGUACACGAUUCUAAAAAUGAUGAGGGUAUCAAAAAUUUUUUUACCGAAGUCUAUGAAAUGUUUAUUAAGGUAUUUAUUAUGUACUUAAACAAUAAUGAAGGUAAAAUUCAAAUAGUUCAUACACAAAUAGUUGUUUUGUGUAUUUGGUAUUCUUUUUUAAUUGGGCUUUUGUAAUGUGUUAGGUUAGGUUAGGUUAGGGUAUCUCUUAUAUUAUAUAUAUAAUGAAAGUUUCUCAAAAAAAUUGAAUCGUUUAACAGUUAAAAUCAGGAUAACUUCACAAUUAUUCAACACUAAAAAACCAUUAGAAUAUUCAAUCAAAACAGUUUAAUUAGGUAUACAGUAUUGAAAAAAGAGAAACAAUUUUUUUCUAUUCCUUAAAAAAACGAAAUUUUAUAUUUGUAUGUAUUUAAACAAAUGAAUUUAAGCCAUUUUAAUUCUAUACUAAUGCAUAUUAUAUUUCAGCUAAAUACUUAACAUUAUUUUUAUGAUUUCAGUAUGUAAUGAAUCCAUUUUACAAGUUGAAUAUGCCAAUCAAAUGUGGAUCGUUUGACAAAAAAGUACAAUUCUAUGGUCGUAAAUAUUUAGUCAGUUAAUACUAAUGUUAGGUAUAUUAUUAUUGUGAUAUUUUUAUUAUUUUUAAAUUUUAUUUUGCAAAAUAAACCAAAUUUCCUUUAUCAAUUUUUUUAAAAACCAUUGUUUAUUGUUUAAUGCACUUUAAAAUAGACCAUCUUAAUUUAAAGUACUUAACAUAAUAAUAUUUAAAAGAUAAAAAUUAUAUUACUAUUAAUACUUCAACAAAAUUGAAUGAAAUAAUAUUUUAAAGAAUAUUUAUUCAAUUGAAUAGUAAAUACUAUGUUUUAUUUAUUAAUAAAUACAUAAAUAUUGAAUAUAGGAACUAAAAAUAUCUAAACUAUAACUUAAUACAUAAUAUUAUUUGAUACAAAUGUAUAUCUAUUUUAUCAAUUAGAAACAUCAUGAAGAUCCAUUUUAGUAUUGGUAAUAACUCCAAUGACUCCGUCUAUAGAUGUUUGAGUUGUAAGGUGCCUGAAACAUAAUAAUUUUGAAAUACUACAUGAUAUAUAUGAUAUACAUGAUACUAUAUUAUUUGUAUAGUAUCUAAUCAAUUAUAAUGUCAUUAAUUAUUGUACCUACUUUAAAAGACUUGAAAAAUUAAAUACGAUUAAUUAAAUAACGACUUGCGGAAAUGAAAUCAACAAAAAUAAUCACUUUAACAGUUUUAUUGAAAAUUGCAUGCAAUAUCUAUCACAUUCCUAUAUAAAAAGUUGUUUCUCAAUAGCUAAACAAUUCUAUUGAUUUAUUUUUAUUAUUAUUAUUAUUAUUAUUAAAAAUAUAUAGUUAAACCACUUUAUAAUAGAAUCGUUUGGAACCAACCGAUUUUCCUUUAUAAAUGAGUUUUCGUUACAGAGAGAUUAAAAUAUACGAGAAUAGAUUAUGCAAAACUACUGUUGGUUUUUGUUUUAAAGAGAUUUCCGCCUUAUAGGGAGUUUUAAUGUAUAUUUUAUUUUUAUUUUUAUGUAUUUAAUGUAUUUAUUAUUCAUAUAUUUUUAAACUUUUAUAAUAUUUUCCCAUUAAAAUAUAUAAGUUAUAUACAUUUUAAAAGUAAUAUUGCUUAUGUUUUUCAUGUUAAGUAACUAUUAAUAUUUUUAAAUGUUGCAUAUUAUUAUAUUUUAUAUGAAUAACAGAGUGUAUUUAAAAUGUAAAAUGUAAUAGGUACCUAACUAAAACUAAUUAUUUUACUUUUUAUGGUACUCAAUAUUACAAUUUCUAUUUUAUCUAUAUAUAUAUAUUUAUUCAUAUUUCGGUUUAUUGUCUACAAUAUUAUUAUUUUCUUAUUUCCUGACAGUUGAAUUAUUUAAAAUUAAUUUAUAUUCAUAUAAAUAAUAUUAUUUUGCCUUACUAUUUGCUAAUAAACUAGAGUUAGGUAUUUUACUGAAAGAUACAAGAACUAAGUAAGAAG